AUUAUAUUUUUCAGAAAAUGAAUGAACAAGAUAUCAUCAAGCCCAAUGUUGAAACUGUCAGCAUUGAGAACACUAAGGCCGAUGAUUUAGCUCAUGUUGCCAAUGCUGCAGAGGUCGAGAGAAGUUUGAUCAAGACUUUGGAUCGUCGUCUUAUGGUCUGGGCAUUCUUUGGUUACUUUGCAAACGGUAUGGACAGAAACAACAUGCCUAAUGCAUACACUACCGGUCUUAGCGAUGAUUUAAAACUUGUCGGUGAUCAAUUUAAUUGGGCUAUUACCAUGUUCUUCAUUGGUUACAUUGUCUUACAAAUUCCCGCUAAUUACAUCAUUACUAAAGUGCGUCCCAGUAUCAUGUUACCUUUGGUCGUCUUCACUUGGGGUGCUAUUGUCUGUUUCAUGGCCUUGGUCAAGAAUGUCCAAGGGCUCUACGGUCUUCGUAUCUGUCUUGGUUUUGCCGAAGCUGCUUUCUAUCCUGGUAUUGUUUUCUUGCUCGGCUCUUGGUACACUAAAGAAGAAUUAGGUACACGUACUGCUAUCUUUGUUGCUGGUUCCCAAGUUUCUGGUGCUUUCAGUGGUCUCAUCUCUGGCGCCAUCGCAACUGGUUUGGAUGGUACUCAUGGUAUGCGUGGUUGGAAAUGGCUCUUUAUUAUCGAAGGUCUUAUCGCUGUUGUUAUUGGUAUCGUUGGUUUCUUUGUUCUUCCUGAUUUCCCUGAUAACACCCGCUUCAUUACUGGUAGUGCUCGUGAAGUUGCCGUCAUUCGUUUGGAACGUCAAGGUAGAAGUGGUGCUGUGUCUGGCUUAAACAUGCAAACUUUCCGUAACUUGUUUACUACACCCUUCAUUUACUUGUUCACAUUCAUGUUUAUUUGUAUGCAAAUGGGUAUGGGUUUCUUGCAAAAUUUCCCCAUUAUUCUUAAAUCCAUUGGAUACCAAGCUGAUUUUGCUAAUUACAUGAUGGUGCCUAUUUGGAUCUGGGUUGGUAUUGUUGUUGUCGCUCAAGGUUAUCUUUCCGAUAAAUUCGGUCAUCGUGCUUACCAUAUCUUGGCUGGUGCUCUCUAUACUUUUGUUUGGUAUACCAUUUUAGUGGCCGUCAGAGGUGGUAAUGUACCCACCGUCCUUUUGUUCAUCAGUGCUUACAUGAUCCCUCCUGUCUUUGGUAUCUCUCCCAUCAUGAUGACUUGGGCAAACGAAAUUUAUUCUUGUGACAGAGAAUCUCGUGCUUUGGCAAUUGCUAUUAUCAAUUCUUUGGGUAAUUUGGCUCCCAAUUUCAUCAACGUUAAGGUCUGGAGUGUUGUCGAUGCCCCCAACUACCGUCUCGGUAAGAUUGUUACCAUGUCCAUGACAGCUGCUAUGAUUGUCAUGUGCUUCGGUGCCUUUAUCCUCCAAAAGAAGAAGAUCAUGAUUCCUAAAGCUUCCCAACGUGUCAUUGACGAAGAAAUGGAUAAAAAGAAGACCCAUAUCACUCAGGAAGAUGAGUUUUAAGUCGAUCCCUUUAUCAUAAUUUUAUUUUCAUUCCUCUCCUUUCCUCUCUCCCUUUGUAACAUAUUUUUCUAUCCUCUCUACAUGCGUAAUUUGUAUUUUUAUUUUAAUUUUUCCUUCUCUCUUUAGCAUUUUUAUCAAUUAUUAAACUUUAUUUUUCUUAUUUUUU